GCGGGGCGCCGUGCGUUCUUGGCAGCCAGCCAAUCCAAUCGAAUCCGCGCGAAAUCCAAUCCCCUCCUAAUCCUCCCCGUCUUAUCGUCCAAAUCGCUCGCCGUCAGCGCGAGGUGGCGCCGUGAAAGCCCCGGCCUUUUUGGAGCUUUCUCUUGGCCGGAGAGGUGAAAGCUGUUCUUGGUUUGGUGAAUUGGUAUUGGUGGUGGUGGUGGUGAUGUGGGGGAGCCCGUGAUUGGAUUCUUGUGGCUGGAAUUUGGGAGGAGUUUGGUUUGAUCGGGUUGAGUUGUAGGGUCGCCGUGGUGGAUUUGGGUACGGUGGGGGGGAGGGAGUCCGGCGAGGAGGCGUGGUGCUGAUGGCGACGCCGACGCACUUCACGCCGUCGCAGACGCACGCUGCGGCGGCCGCGGCGGCGUCGCACCACCCGUCGGCGACGGCCGCCGCCGCGGCGGCGCCGGCGGCGGCGGCUACGGCCACCGCGAGGCUGCACGCCUCGGCGCCGGCGCCGGCGUCGGCCGCCGCGGCGGCGCUGUGCCAGCCGCCGUUCCCGGGGGCGGCGUGCCCGCCCGCGCAGAGCCCCAUCUUCGGCGGCCCCGCGGCGCCGUGGGUGGUGCAGCAGCAGCAGCAACAUCGUCAUCAUCAUCCCCAGCGCGCCGCGGCGGCGCUCGGCCCGGAGUUCCGCCGCGCGCGCUCCACGAGGAACAUCUCCAAGCGCAGCCGCGGCGGCGGCGCGGGCACGCAGGAUCGGGGCGGCGCGCGUGGCGGGCUCUCCGCCGCCGCCGGGCGCUGCGUUGAGCGGCUGCUGCGUGUGGCGCCCGACGACCGCCGCGCGCUUGGCGCGACCCUUGCCUCCUUCCGAGGCGAGCUGGUUGCUCCCGAUGACUACUGCCAGCUCCUCCGGGAGCUCGGCGACCGGGACAAGUCUGCGCUCCGUGCGUUCGAGGUGUUCCACGCCACACUGCCGCUUGUUGGCAAUGGCGCCGUCGACAAAGGCAAGCUCUUGACUGCUUCCAUUGGCGCGCUCGGCAAGAUGGGCAGAUCAGACCUUGCAAGGAGAGCCUUUGAUGCUGGCGUUGCUGGGGGCUAUGGCAACACGGUGUUUGCUCAUUCAGCUCUAAUUUCAGCAUAUGCAAGGAGUGGUCUUGCGAAUGAGGCCAUGGGGGUUCUCGAGUUGAUGAAAGGUGCAGGCCUACGACCUACCACGGUGUCUUACAAUGCGGUGAUUGAUGCAUGUGGUAAAGGGGGCGUCGACCUUAGGUUCACACUCGGUUAUUUCCGGCAGAUGCUGAAGGAUGGCCUUUGUCCAGACCGGAAGACUUUCAAUUCACUUCUGGCUGCAUGUAGCCGUGCAGGGCAUUUGGAAGAUGCCCGUGCCGUCUUUGAUGAAAUGAUCCAUCUUGGCAUCGGUCGUGACAUAUACACAUACAACACGUUUAUUGAUGCAAUUUGCAAGUGUGGAAACAUGGAGCUUGCUAUGCAGGUUCUGUUGGAUAUGGAAGCGAAAGGCGUUAAGCCAAAUGUUGUUACAUACAGUACACUGAUCGAUGGAUAUUCCAAGCUAGAGAAGUACGAGGAGGCACUCAAGUUGUGUGAAAAGAUGAAGUCUUUGAGAAUUCAACUGGACCGAGUUUGCUACAACACCUUGCUGGCUAUUUAUGUGAAGACAGGAAAGUAUACCGAAAUUGCUAAUGUCUGUGAUGAGAUGGAAGAGUUGGGGAUUGAGAAGGACACUGUCACCUACAACUCUUUAAUUAAUGGGUACGGAAAGCAGGGACGCUUGGACAUUGUCUCUAUACUUGUUCAAGAUAUGAGGAAAAGGGGUAUAGCUCCUAGUGUACUAACUUACUCAACUUUGAUAGAUAUCUAUUCAAAGGCAGGAAUGCAUGGAGAUGCAUUCAAUGUCUACUUAGACUUUAAGGAGUCUGGCCUAAAGCCAGAUGUUGUCCUAUUCAGCUCUUUCAUCGAUACAUUGGCGAAGAAUGGUUUGAUAGAGUGGGCUUUAUCUCUGCUUAAUGAUAUGACAGAGAUGGGUAUCAAACCAAAUGUGGUAACCUACAAUGCAAUAAUUGAUGCAUUUGGCAAGUCAAAGGUUAUCACGGAGGAUGAUCCUGAAGUUGGGGACAUGGGAAUUGUUGGAGUUUAUGGUGGCCAAAUUGUUAGGGUUGUUAAUCCAAUGUCUAGAGGAGGGCGUCCUGCAACUGAAAUCCGGAUGAGGAGGUCUCAGGAACUGUUCUUCAUCCUGGAAUUAUUUCAGAAGAUGGUCCAGCAGGGUGUAAGGCCAAAUGUUGUAACAUUUUCUGCAAUCUUGAAUGCUUGCAGUCGCUGUAAUAGUUUUGAAGAUGCAGCUCUAUUACUGGAACAGCUUCGCUUGUUUGAUAACUUUGUCUAUGGUGUUGCUUAUGGGCUUCUGGUGGGUUCUCGAGAAGUUUGGUCACAAGCACAGUCACUUUUUAAUCAGUUAGGACGCAUGGACUCCCCAACGUCCUCUGCCUUUUACAAUGCACUCACUGAUGUGCUAUGGCAUUUUGGCCAGAGGCGAAGGGCUCAGCAAGUUGUGUUUGAAGGGAUAAAUCGUCGUGUCUGGGAGAACACAUGGGGCGAGUUUUGCUUGGACCUGCACCUUAUGUCAUGUGGUGCAGCUCAAGCAAUGGUUCAUGCCUGGCUCCUGAAUGUGCGGUCAAUUGUCUUUGAAGGACGAGCUAUGCCUGAGUUUUUAAGCAUUCUCACGGGAUGGGGAAAGCACAGCAGGAUAGCCGGUGCAAGCACCCUGCGGCGAGUCAUCGAAGCGCUCCUGAAUUCGAUCGGAGCGCCGUUCCAGGUGGAGCGAUUCAACAUCGGCAGGUUCGUGUCGCCCAGCGCCGUGGUGGCGGCCUGGCUGAGGGAGUCCGGCACCGUCAACAUCCUCCUCCUCCACGACGAGCGGGUGCAGCAGCAAGCAGCAAGCCCGUCGCCCAAUCAUCUGGUGCCCAGGUUACAGGCGCUGCAGUUGUAGUGUUUGUGCUGUGUUUGUAAGCCUUCCAAAAUUAUUCGUCUUUUCAGUUCAUCAUCUUCAGAAGAUUUGUAGUGUAUCAUAGGCGCAGCGGUUAGCCCUCUUUUGCUAAAAUCUUGCUACUGUCAGCCAGCAAAUGUUGUAAAAUUGACUCCUUUUCAUCAAGAGAGGAAAAAAGAAUACCAGAAUCUCUCUUGAGGUAUCAUAUGAUCAGCUCCCACUGGCAGUAGCAGUGAAUCUGAUGCAGUUAA